AUGCUCAUGUGUAUUUGCGGUAGUUCAGGUUCUGGGAAAACUCAUCUCACUUUUAACAUGUUGACAACACCAAACCUUUUAGAUUUCGAUUCUCUGUAUAUCUACACAACAACACCAGAGCAAUCGUAUUAUCAAUUCCUCAAAGCUUUAGAAUAUUUACCAAAGAAAGAUGUUCAAGACAUAUUUCAAUAUUACGAAGAAAACGAAGAAGAAGUGGAAAUAAAAGAUAUCAUAGAAAACUUCAUUAAAUCAAAGAAUCCAUCUUUCAAUCCAACGGAUAUAAAAGUUUUUCUUACGAAAAAUGUUAAUGAUCUAGACUUGUCUAAUAUUGAUAGCAAUCGAAAGAACUUAAUAUUGUUUGACGACUGCGUAGCGCAAAGAAAUCAAACUGUUCUACAAGAAUUCUUCACCAAAGGAAGACAUCACAACUGUCACUGCAUAUACCAAUCCCAAUCUUUUUACGGGAUGGAUUCUAUGUUCAUUAGAAAAAAUGCAAAUUGUUUUUUAUUAUUUGAAUUAAAUGAUAAAGAUUUAUCUCAAAUCAUUCAGUCUAUAAAUCAUGGAAUGGAUAGAGAUACAUUUAAAAAGCGAUCGGAAAGUCAGGACACGAAACAAGAAGUUGAUUUAUAUAUAACAAAAGUUAUUGAGCAAGAGGAGGUAGAUGAUUAUGCGGAAGAUUAUCCAAUCAUACAAGAAAUAGACGAAUUCGAUGAUAUGGUGGCAUCUGGACAAGGUAUAACGUUUUUAUCCGACAACAAUAAAGAAUUGCUUAAUAGAUUAGAAAUAAUAUUAGCGGCCAUGAAAGAAGGUCAUCGAUCGGACAGACAAUACAACGAAGUCAAUGGCAUAUUAAAACGGCUUUUGGAGAAAAAAAUCAUCACUAAAAAAGACUAUAUAAACGUCAUUAAAAAUGUCCAAUAA